CAGUGUCUGACCAAGGCCAAAUGGAUUCCACAAGAAUAGCACCCGGUUGAACUUAUUGGAGGUCGCCUAUUUUUUGUGAGCCUGCUUUUUGAUCUGCAUAUAAAUUCUACGCAGUCCAACAGGAAGAUGUGGAACACGUCAAGACAAACAUUAAGUGAUCGAACUUUCUUGCACUGCAGCAACCUUUCAUCCAGAAGAAAGCAACCUACUAGCUAUAUUUGCUUCCUUUGGUCUUGCGUAUUCGACAGUGACAAUUUUUGUUGCAGGAUUAGAGUUUUGCCAACAGCUAGGUGAGCAAGGGCUCGGGGCACAUUGCUCGGCAAGCUAUUCAAAGGUUGCAAGUUGCAGCAGUCCAAGCUCAAACUCGUAUUUUUGGCAACAUGGCAGGGGCCUCUGGCUGGAUUCUACUGGCCGUGAGUCUCAUAUUUGCCGUUUCACACUCAAUUCUAAAUGUUCAUCGCACUUUCACAGUACCGGAGCGAUGCAUCACGCGCCGAGCGACUCAAGCUGGCACUGAGCCAGUGGUGGAUGUUGAUCCACAAGCUCCAAAGGCGUCAAACAGUUUCAAAGCGCAGGUGGAGAAGAGGGCACGGGUGCUUGCCAAAACGGCUGAAACAAAAAAAAGGGUGGAGGAGAAGAAAAGGAAACUGAACACCCAAUCAGAUCGCAAGAAGACCGUGUUGUCAAAUGACAAGCCAUUGAUUGAUUGGGAGUCCUUGGCUGCGCAAGCCAAGCGUAUGGCAGAAGAAGCCAAGGAUGAAGCUGCAAAAUCUGAAGGCAAAGAGGGCAAAGAACUUGAGGUUUUGGCAACACAAGCCAAGGGAUCAUUCUUUCAACUGGCUACAAUUGGCUUUGAGACUGCCAAAACAGCUCCUGAGUUGUUGGCAGCAUCCGCCGGGGGGACCUUGGUGUUGGUUUUGUUGCUGAGCUUCAGCUCAAAGCCAAGCAUGGAAUCUUCCCCAAUCCGCCAAUUCAGCUCUGCUCCCGCAGUCAUAAGCUUGAAAGAAGAAACUCCGACGCCUCAGUCCCGCACUCCAGUGCCUCAGAAGUUGCAGGCGUCAAAUCCUCCGAGCCCCAAGCCAGCCCCAAAGCCACAACCAGAAGUUCCUUGGGCACGUGGGUUGGCAGAUUCAGCUGCAAGCACGCUUAGAUCGAUUGCAGAUGGGCUGCCUGGAGCAGAAAAAAUUGUUGAAGCCAAACUUCCAGUGGCGCAAUCAGCUAUCGCAGAUGCUUCCCAGUGGGCGUCGGGUGUGAACCUGGAGAAUGCCCCGGAAAAGGUCGAGAAAGAUGUUCUCCCCUUUGCAGGUCGAGCUGCUGAAGAAGCACUGAGAUUAGGCUUGAAAGCAGGUGCUGGUGGUCUUGACUUUGUUGGGGAAAACUUGCCCGCGGCUCAGCAAGCAGUGGGUUCUGCUGUAGACACAGGUUUGCCAUAUGCACAGUCUGCCUUGCGUGAAGUGGCUUCGAAUGCUAGACGGCUAGCUGCAGAAGGCAUUGAACUGGAUUCAUCCAACCCUUACGCCCAGAGUGCAGCUUCAGCACUUCCGGAGGUCUUAAAAGUUACUGCAAGUGUAUUGGAUGCUGCAGCAGAUGCGGCACCAGGGGUGAAGUCUGUCUUGGGAUAUGCGGCUAGUGCAGUGACCCCUGUAGCUCAAGCAGCUCUGUCAACAGCCUCUGAUCUAGUGAUCGAUGCAUCUAAUGUUCCAAGCUCUACGGUCGAGAAGACACUCAACGAAGCUGCUGGUGCAGUCGUGGACACUGCACGCAGUGCUGCAAAAGCAGUGGACUUAGUGAAGACCACUCCGGCUGCAGACUCCGCUCUGCAGCUGCUGACGUCUCAAGUGUCAGCACAACAAGCUCCUCAAGGAACAGAGUGAGAUGCGAGGAUUUAGCGGACUUUGCUUGACCGACCGAAGUUUGGGGAAACUAACAUAUUGGUUCUGUUUUCGGUGGAUUUGAAAUUUGUUGUUUGUCUUGUCCCCUUAGCGCCAAUCAAAUCGCUGCAUGCGUUUUUUUCCCGCCAUCAACGCUUGCUUCUUCAGAUUGAUUUAAAGGCAUGUCACUUUCACAUCACCAUUAAAAGACCAUGACGGCCGUGUGAAAAUAA